CGGACACAUUUUAGAGAUGGACUAAACCGGAAAGUGAAUGAAAAUAGAUCACGGGUGUAUGAAAUGAACAAAAUCGCAGUUAUUUUGUUAACUUAGCGGUUUGUUCGUUCAGUUAUCCAUUUGUAAGCAUUUAAAGUUGAGCUAAUGCUAAAGAUGUCGCAGAAAGGCUCGGUUGAAGGCUGCGACCGCUUUGAAUAUCUACAAACUCUGGUCACUGAAUUCCAGGACACCGACAGCGAAGAGGCAAAGGAGCAGGUGUUGGCUAACCUGGCCAACUUUGCAUAUGACCCGAAGAACAUGGAGUAUCUGAGUCAGCUACAGGUCCCUGACCUCUUCCUGGACAUGUUGACUGAGGAGAACGAGAACUUUGUGGAGUUUGGGAUGGGGGGGCUGUGUAACCUCAGUAUGGACCCCGAAUGCCGGGACAUCAUCCUGCAGAGCAGUGGGAUCAACUUGGUCACUAACUGUCUGUCCAACCAGAGGGAAGAGACCGUCCUGUCAGCCAUCACCACGCUCAUGAAUCUAACAACACCCUCAUCCCGCUCUCAGAUCACUGACCCGGCCAUCCUGCAGUGCAUGCUGCGCUUCUCCCUUGCAGAGAGCCCCCGCCUGCGCAACCUGGCCAUUGUGUUUCUGCAGGAGUGCUGCACCGAGGAGCAGGUGGCCCAAGUGGAGCAGCAGAUGCAGGGACAGCAGACGGCCAUCGGCAUCCCACUGCCCAAGGAUGAAGGAUAACAGAAAUGGAGGAGGACUGAAGGGUUCACAUUCAGCACUGAUCUUCAGUGGACUGUAGAGGAGGAUGCAGACACCCAUUUGGCUCAGAACACCAUCGCACAUCUACACAGCUUGGGCUGUCUUUGGACAAAGUGGUUCUGAUGGC